AUGUUGUCCGACUCCGGAGCAGUCUCGGAACUUGACUCGGCAGCGAACCAUGAUGAUGACGGAGAGACAACAAGGAUGAUGAGAAGGAUGCAUACGGAACGACACAAUGAUUCAUCGUUGGAUGGCAUUGCAAAAGAAGAGGAGAAAGAGAACUUUUCUGAAUUUCAAAAUAAUAGCCUCCUUUCAGACAGCUCUGAACUGGAGUUUUCAUACUUUCCAGUUCCGAAUUUCGCAAAAUACUUUUCGUUGGAUGAUUUCAGAGAUGACGAAAGGAAUACCGAAAAAAUUGAAAGUUUCAUCCAUAGUGUUGCAUUUUGGGAGGGACGGUUUGCUAAUACAAAUGGAGUUGGAUUGAAUAGCGCAACAGGAUUGACUUAUGAUGGACAUCAAAUUGAUCAUAGCACAUCCGAUAUUCAUGACCCAUUACAUGAUUUUUCUUCGCCAGCAAAAGAGGCCCUUCACUUAAAUAUGAUUGCAUUGGCUUUGGAUGGAAAUUCAACUGCUAGAAUAUUCUUUGAAAAUUCACACAAUUCAAUAAUUGAAAAACUUGUUAAUGAGAAUGGAAAAAGAUUGCUCACAGAAUCUUCAAUAACGCCCUCAAAAUUACACUUAUCAAAAGACACCGAAAGCUACUUGCUAGGCCUUUUAGAACGGAAGUUUGAUAGCUAUGAAAUGUUUGAUAAGAGAUAUCCUGGCUUUGGUUCGUUAUUACCGUGGUUUAGAGUUAAAGACGAUGGAGCUGAGCCCCAGCCAGACUGGGCAAGCAGAAUUCCCUCUCUGGACAAUGGUCAAUUUAUUUGGUCUCUCCUUGCACUUGAAUAUGUGUUGGCCAACACCACUAUUACUCACAUCAAUGAGAAGAAUAGUGUGACGACACAAAACAUUUUGAGAAGACAUGCAUUGACAACAAAAAUUCAACAGAAAAUUGAAAAAAUCAAAAAGACGACUGUGAAGAUGUUCUACCAUGGAGAUGGAAAAAUUAGAGCAAUUGCAUACAUACGGGAUAUUUAUGGAGAUCCUCUUGAUGCCUCUAAUUAUAAAGGAAAUGGCAAAUCAUUCAUUAAUGAUCCCUAUGAAGGGGAAAUGAUGAACGUAUUUAUGUCACUUUUGUGUAAUUGGAAAGAAUUAGGAUACAAUGAACAUGAGGGAGAAAAAAUUUGGAAAUUCAAACAAUCCAAUUUGAGACAAGCAAUUUACAAAUCGAAAUUAUUUGGGGACAUACCAGUCGAAGGAGGAUACUGGUAUAGUUCACAUGAAAAAUGGAAAUACUUAGUGUUACCUUAUUUAGAUAGUGACAUCAAUCGACGAGUUUUCAUGAACGGAGAGAAAGUGCGAUUAAUUCAUUCGAUUGAAAAUGAUAUUCCAGGUUUAUUUGCGAGUGUUACAAAACCAACAACUCAUGGUAGAUAUUAUCCAAAAUAUGCCAGUGAAUGUGGAAUACCAUCGAUUGCAUGCCAGAAAAUUCUCUUUCAAAACAUUGUCACUCCAUAUGCAUCAUUUCCAACAAUUCUUGCUCAUAGAAAUGUAGGACUUGCGUGGUAUUGCAUGAUGUUGAAAGGAAGCAAAAUGCAAGGUCUAUUUGGUAGCACUGAAUCCAUUACAGUGAAUGGAAAGAAAAUUUGUCCUGUUCUUACAUGGGAUUCUAAAAUCACAACUUUGGUUGCCAUUUGUGGAGGUAUUUCGAAAUACACUCGUGAGUUCUUGAAAAAACAAGGUCUCUAUUACAAAUUUAUUUCUACCAUUAAUCGAGAAUGGAGUGCAGUAUUUAAUGAUGGGAAUGAGAACAAUAUAGGCUCUCAAUUUGUUGGUGAGGACAUCCCAUUCAUCAAGUUGAUGCCACAGAAAUUUCUGCCCACAAGUCCCAGAGAGUUCGAUUUUGUGAAAUCGCAUUCAGAGAAGAAGGAAAAGAGCAAAAAGAUCAAGUAA